CUCGAGACUCGACAGUUUCGGCCUUCUGCUUGAGUUGAGGCUUUAGCAGGCUUUAGUUUUGUUGUAGAUUGUAGAUGCUGUUGAGACCAUGCUACCCGUAAGACGAGAUGAACGAAUUCUAAGAAGAAAUAAUGUGAAUGUGGAGACAAUGGCGUUUAAGAUCGCUCUCAACCCAGUUGAUCACGUAUUAGACGUGCUGGUAGUAGCCGAAGUAAUUAAUUCUGAAAAGAAAGAUAUAAUGAUAUCAUGGAACAAAACUUGGAAUGACAAAUCGGAUGUUUGCUUAUAUGACAAAGAUGACAAAUUAUUGGGACAACAUAAUAAUGAAAUUACUCGGUAUCUAGCAAGGAUGUUGAAUCCCCUCCUUUAUGGCGGUGCCUGUCCUUAUGAAAGGACAGAAAUCGAUCACUGGAUAUCCUGUGCCCUAAUAUUGCAAAAUAAACAAAUAAACACGGAGCUUUUAAACUAUCUAAAUGAUGUGUUAGUAGCACGGACAUGGCUGGUCACCAAAAGAUUAACAUUGGCUGAUAUUCAUGUGUUUUGCGUUUUGCAUCGUCACGAAUAUAUAAAAUCAUAUGCAAAAGAUUAUUGUAACAUUACUAGAUGGUACAAGCAUAUGGAAUCGCUUCCUGUUUUCAGUAAUGCAAUAUCUAUGAUUGCAAAAAAUUGUUCUUCAACUUCGAAACCAAAAGAUGUAUGUCCACAAAAGGUAAAAUCUGAUGCCAAGCAGACGAAAACAAGGAAACAAGAGGGCAAAUUUAUUGAUCUUCCUGGAGCAGAAAUGGGCAAAGUAGUGGUAAGAUUUCCACCAGAAGCAAGUGGCUAUCUGCACAUUGGUCAUGCCAAAGCAGCUCUUUUAAAUCAGUAUUAUGCUGAAACUUUUCAAGGACAACUUAUCAUGAGAUUUGAUGAUACAAAUCCAGCGAAGGAGACUAUAGAAUUUGAGGAAGCUAUAUUGGAAGAUUUAAAAUUACUGCAAAUUAAACCUGACCGUUUUACGCAUACCUCGGAUUACUUUGACAUGUUACAAGAGUAUUGUACUACACUAAUUAAAGAUGGAAAGGCAUAUCUGGAUUGUACCCCGGCGAAUCUUAUGAAAGAACAACGGGAUAAAAGAUUGAAAUCUGAAUAUCGAAAUCUCUCCUCUUCCGAAAAUCUGAAAUUGUGGGAAGAAAUGAAACGUGGUACUAAAAUGGGUCAAGAAUAUUGUGUCAGAGCAAAGAUUGAUUAUCAGUCAACAAAUGGAUGUAUGCGUGAUCCUACAAUUUACCGUUGCAAAUUAGAACCUCAUCCACGUACUGGAAACAAAUACAAAGUAUAUCCUACGUAUGAUUUUGCCUGUCCAAUUGUUGACGUUAUCGAGAAUGUUACUCACACUCUACGAACAACAGAAUAUCACGAUAGAGAUGCUCAAUUUUAUUGGAUAAUCGAGGCUUUGGGACUGCGUCGCCCGUACAUUUGGGAAUAUUCACGGUUAAACAUGACCCAUACGGUUUUAUCUAAACGAAAAUUAACUUGGUUUGUAAAUGAAGGUCUAGUCGAUGGCUGGGACGAUCCACGCUUUCCGACAGUGAGAGGUAUUCUACGACGAGGAAUGACAGUCGAGGGUCUGAAACAAUUCAUUAUCGCACAAGGUAGUUCCAAAUCUGUAGUUUUUAUGGAAUGGGACAAAAUAUGGGCUUUUAAUAAGAAAGUCAUUGAUCCAGUUGCAAUUAGGUAUACUGCACUGGAUUAUAAUGAACUGAUAUCGGUUAAUGUAAUAGAUGCUAAGGAAGAGUGGUUGAUUGUGCAAAAUCAUCCUAAAGAUUCAUCUAGAGGUACCAAACAAGUGCGAGUAGGCUCGAAAAUUUUGAUAGAAAAGGAAGAUGCUGAAAGAUUAAUUGAGGGACAGAAUGCGACCUUUAUUAAUUGGGGUAACAUAAUGAUACAAAAGAUAAAUAAAUAUGAUGGCAAUAUAGUAGAUGUGCAAGCACGAUUGAAUCUAGAAGACAAAAAUUAUAAAAAUACUUUGAAGAUCACGUGGCUGGCUGAAUCAUUACCUACAUCUGAUUCAAAUGCAGAAAAGUCAAAUGCAAUAAAAUGUUACGCUGUUUAUUUCGAUCACAUUAUGAGCGUACCGGUUUUGGGCAAGGAUGACGAUUUUAAAAACUUUGUUGCCAAAAAUACAAGAAAAGAAAUUCGAUUGCUGGGUGAAGUAGAAUUGAAACGCGUGAAGAAGGGAGAGAUAAUUCAGCUUCAGAGGAAGGGAUUCUUUAUUUGUGAUAUUCCGUAUGCAUCUAAUUCUUAUUCAACACGGGAACCACCCAUUGUAUUGUUCCAUAUACCUGAUGGGCAUACGACAACACCUUAUAUGACGCCUGCGGUAUUUAAUAAUCAACAGGAAAGUAAAGUGCAACAUGUGCAACAUGAAAAAGUAGAAGAAGCAAUAGCUAAAUAUGAUUGUAAAAAUACGACUGGUCAAGAUUGGAAACCAGCUGAUACUAAAGUUACUAGUAUUGAAAGCAAGGUAAAGCCAGAAAACCAAGAAAUUUCAGAAGCAGAGAAGAUAUCCGAAGAAAUAAAGAAGCAGGGUGACAAAGUACGAAAUCUAAAAAGUUCGAAAGCUGAGAAGAGCAUUAUUGAUCAAGAAGUGAAGGUUCUCUUAAGUUUAAAAAGUGACUAUAAAAGUCUGACUGGUCAAAAUUGGAAACCAGCUGAUACUAAAGUUACUAGUAUUAAAAGCAAGGUAAAGCCAGAAAACCAAGAAAUUUCAGAAGCAGAGAAGAUAUCCGAAGAAAUAAAGAAGCAGGGUGACAAAGUACGAAAUCUAAAAAGUUCGAAAGCUGAGAAGAGCAUUAUUGACCAAGAAGUGAAGGUUCUCUUAAGUUUGAAAAGUGACUAUAAAAGUCUGACUGGUCAAGAUUGGAAACCAGCUGAUACUAAAGUUACUAGUAUUAAAAGCAAGGUAAAGCCAGAAAACCAAGAAAUUUCAGAAGCAGAGAAGAUAUCCGAAGAAAUAAAGAAGCAGGGUGACAAAGUACGAAAUCUAAAAAGUUCGAAAGCUGAGAAGAGCAUUAUUGAUCAAGAAGUGAAGGUUCUCUUAAGUUUGAAAAGUGACUAUAAAAAUCUAACUGGUCAAGAUUGGAAGCCCGCGAACUCGGAUGUGGCAUCAAAAAAGGAAAAGCAAAAUAUUCCUAAGCUUGAAAAGAUGUCGGAGAAAGAAGUUGCAAAAAACGCGAAUAAUAAGGAUUCUGAUUCAAGCAAAACAGGAACAAGAUUAGGAUUGGAAGCGAAGAAGGAGGAGAACUUUACUGAUUGGUACUCACAAGUUAUUACGAAAAGCGGUAUGAUUGAAUAUUAUGACGUGUCAGGAUGUUAUAUUCUUCGUCCGUGGAGUUUCUCGAUUUGGAAGAUAAUAAAAGAGUUUAUCGACAAAGAGAUAACGGACACUGGUGUUCAAGAAUGUUACUUCCCGAUCUUCGUUACUCGCAGCGUAUUAGAAAAGGAAAAGGCGCACAUAGCAGACUUUGCGCCGGAAGUCGCGUGGGUGACGAAAUAUGGUGAAACCGAUUUGGCGGAGCCCAUAGCUAUACGGCCCACCUCGGAGACUAUUAUGUAUCCAGCUUAUGCCAAAUGGCUGAGAUCAGAUACCGAGUUACCACUUAGGCUCAAUCAGUGGAACAACGUUGUGAGAUGGGAAUUUAAAGAUCCUAAACCUUUCUUACGCACCAGAGAAUUUUUAUGGCAGGAGGGCCAUACCGCGUUUGCUACUAAGGCAGAAGCGGAGGCGGAAGUAUUAAUGAUUUUAGACUUAUAUGCUAGGGUGUACGAGGAUUUGUUAGCGGUACCUGUCAUUAAAGGCCGCAAGACUGAAAAGGAGAAAUUCGCGGGUGGCGAAUAUACCACUACCGUCGAAGCGUUUAUUCCGAUUAAUGGUCGCGCAAUACAGGGAGCGACAAGCCAUUAUUUAGGACAAAACUUUUCGAAGAUGUUUAAUAUCCAAGUAGAAGGUAUCGCGGGCCGAGAAGAAAAGACGUUUGUCUAUCAAAAUUCAUGGGGUUUAACUACACGAACGAUUGGAGUCAUGAUAAUGGUACACGGAGAUGAUCGAGGUUUAGUAUUGCCCCCAAAUGUAGCACCUAUACAAAUCAUUGUGAUUCCCUGCGGUAUAGCCGUGAACAUGAAUGAACAUACAAAAGAGAGUAUUCUAAAGAAAUGCGAUUGGCUAGUUCGUCAUUUGAGUCAAGAGGGUAAAUUUAGAGUGAAAAGUGAUUGUAGACUUAAUCGAACACCUGGAUGGAAAUUCAACCACUGGGAGCUGAAAGGCGUGCCAAUAAGGCUUGAAGUAGGUCCAAAGGAUUUGUUAAAAAAUCAAGUAACAGUCGUACGAAGGGAUAACUUUCAGCGAACGGCUAUCGAAAUAUACAACGAUAACAUAAUUACUCCGUUAACUUCAAUAUUGAAUGAUGUACAAAAGCAAUUAUUAUCAAGAGCGAGAAGCAAGUUAAACGAGCAUAUUAAAAAAGUAGAAAAGUGGAGUGAUUUCAACCCCGAGCUUAAUAAAAAGAAUUUAUUGUUGGCACCUUUUUGUGGAGAUCCGGCAUGUGAAGAUAAGAUUAAGGAGGAGAGUAAGGAAGAUAAAAGUGAAAGCGCAGAAAGUGGAUCAUUAAUGGGCGCCAAGAGUCUGUGUAUACCAUUUGAUCAGCCAGAAAUAACAAGACUCAAUGAACUAAAAUGUAUUUACCAUAGUUGCAAAAAUAAGCCAAAAUUUUACACACUUUUUGGACGUAGUUAUUAAUACAUCCACAUAAAAGGCUCUUAUGCAACCGUCCAUCUGGCAGAGUAUAUUGAUGGAGCGAGCUCGAAAAAGAUGCGUUUGGCU